AUGGCCUCUCUACACACAACGAUCAUGUUGUUCCUCGCCCAUGUUUUGCUACUUCUGGGGUUGCCCGCUGGCAUGGUCGGUGCCGUGCCUUUGGGUCAAGAGACGGAUAUCACAACAAAUUUAGCUGCCAGGGCGGCGUCAGAAUACUGGGUUGGAACUAUCAAACGGCAGGGUGCUGUUGCUUUUGGAAAUGGCACAGAUUAUCAGGUAUAUCGUAAUGUGAAAGACUUUGGUGCUAAGGGUGAUGGGUCGACGGAUGAUACUGCUGCCAUUAACCAGGCGAUUUCCUCAGGCAACCGAUGUGGCAAGGGGUGUGAUUCAUCAACCGUCACUCCUGCCCUCGUAUACUUCCCUCCUGGUACUUAUGUCGUCUCCAAACCAAUCGUUCAGUAUUACUAUACCCAAAUCGUUGGCGACGCCGUCAACCUUCCUGUGAUCAAGGCGGCGGCGGGCUUUGCUGGUAUGGCUGUCAUUGAUGCCGACCCUUAUGAAGAUGACGGCAGCAACUGGUACACCAACCAGAACAACUUCUUCCGUGCCAUUCGUAACCUUGUAAUCGAUUUGACUGCUAUGCCUCAGGGAUCUGGUGCUGGUAUCCAUUGGCAGGUGGGCCAGGCGACCAGUUUGCAGAAUAUCAGAUUCGAGAUGAUCAAGGGCGGAGGCGAUGCAAACAAGCAACAGGGUAUCUUCAUGGACAACGGAUCUGGUGGUUUCAUGUCCGACUUGACUUUCAAUGGUGGAAAUUACGGCAUGUUCUUAGGAAACCAGCAAUUCACUACACGGAACUUGACCUUCAAUGACUGCAACACAGCCAUUUUCAUGAACUGGAACUGGGCCUGGACCUUCAAGUCACUUUCCAUCAACAACUGCCAGGUCGGUCUGAAUAUGUCCAAUGCCCCGCAGAAUCAGACUGUCGGUUCUGUCCUGAUUCUGGACAGUCAACUUACGAACACACCCACUGGUGUUGUUUCUGCAUUCACCGAGAACAGCAUUCCCAUUGGCGGAGGUGUCCUGAUUCUUGACAACGUCGACUUCAGCGGUUCUAAGGUUGCAGUUGCGGGUAUUACUGGUAAUACUAUUCUGGCAGGCGGCUCAGUCGUGACGAACUGGGUCCAGGGCAAUGGUUACCUCCCUGGCAGCGCGAAGCAGAAGCGUGAGGCUUCCGUGAAGGUGAUUACCCAAACUGUGACAGAGACAGUGGAGGUCUGCACUGCCGAUUAUACAGACUCUCCGUCCGCACCAACAGCGCUUCCUUCGUCUUUGGGAGAGAGUCGUACUGCAGGGCUUUUGCCGACUCUUCCGUUGCCUAACAUCCCACUCUUGAGCGGUUUGUUGUCCGGCUCCCAGUCAUCUGCCACCCAGCCCGCUGGGGUACUGAGCAGCGAGGUCCCCGAGCCCACUGCCACUCCGUCAACUCCAGAGGAGGCUGAACCAUCUACUGAAGUACAGCCGACGCCUCAGCCCUCAGCCCCUGCACAGUCACAGCCAGAGACUCCAGUUGAGUCCACCGUGGCCGCGCCCCUCAUUCCCUCCCAGCCAUCCCCAACUGUUCAGGGGUCUUCCUCGGUGGUUACUGGUCCAGCUUCGUCUUCGGUCGCUCAUGCAACAAAUCAAUGCUCCGUCAAAACGGUCACCAAGACUCGUCUCCAAACUGCUCUCCCAACUCAUGCUAAGCCCAGCUCCCUGCUCAAUGGUGGAAAGGUUUACGAGCGCUCUAAGCCUCUGUAUACCAGCUACGAUGCCUCUUCGUUCGUCAGCGUCAAGUCUGCGGGCGCAAAGGGAGACGGAUCGACCGACGAUACAGCAGCCAUCCAGAAGAUUCUGAACAGCGCCAAGGAGGACCAGAUAGUUUACUUCGACCACGGAGCCUACAUCAUCACCGAUACCAUCAAGGUGCCCAAGAACGUCAAGAUCACGGGUGAAGUAUGGCCCGUCCUGAUGGCCUACGGCCAGAAGUUCGGCGAUGAGAAGAACCCUAUCCCCAUGCUUCAGGUCGGAGAAGUAGGUGAGACCGGCUCCGUCGAAAUCACCGACAUCGCGCUGCAGACCAAGGGCCCCGCCCCUGGCGCAAUCCUAAUGCAGUGGAACCUCGCGGAGUCCUCCCAGGGCGCCGCCGGUAUGUGGGACACCCACUUCCGCAUCGGUGGAUCAGCAGGCACCGAGCUGCAGAGCGACAAGUGUGCCAAGACGCCGAAGCAAACCACCACGCCCAACAAGGAGUGCAUUGCCGCAUUCAUGCUCAUGCACAUCACGGAGAAGGCGAGCGCUUACAUCGAGAACUCCUGGUUCUGGGUCGCCGACCACGAACUCGACCUCCCCGACCACAACCAGAUCAACGUCUACAACGGUCGUGGCGUCUACAUCGAAUCCCAAGGCCCCGUCUGGCUCUACGGUACCGCCUCCGAGCACAACCAGCUCUACAACUACCAGGUCACUAACGCCAAGAACGUCUUCAUGGGCCUCAUCCAGACAGAAACCCCCUACUACCAGGCUAACCCCAACGCCCUGACCCCCUUCACCCCGCAGACGAACUGGAACGACCCCGACUUCUCCUACUGUAAGACCGACGGCUGCCGCAAGGCAUGGGGUCUGCGCGUCCAGAACACCUCCGACAUGUACGUGUACGGCGCAGGCCUGUACAGUUUCUUCGAGAACUACGGCCAGACCUGUCUGGCCACGGAGUCCUGCCAGGAAAACAUGGUCGAGGUUGACUGCUCCGACGUACACAUCUACGGAUUGAGCACUAAGGCUAGCACGAACAUGAUCACGUCGAACAGCGGCGCCGGUCUUGUCCCCCAGGAUGAGAACAGGAGCAACUUCUGCUCGACUAUUGCUCUGUUCCAACAGUCAUGA